GUAGGUGUUCUUUUCCGUAACGUUCUAUGUGAACCGCACAUUAAUCGUUAAUCUAACGAUUACCGGACAUCACUACAUGCAUCAUUUUGUUUUCAUUCUAUACCGUUCAAGAUCGCAAUUUAGGAAAUAGGAAAUUCGAUGUAAAGUUUUACGCCGCGCACUUCAGGUUAACGAAUUGGAAACUAUUCUAAAGACUUCUUUCGACUACUACCGAUAUGACAGUAUGAACCGAGACAAAGUUUCCUAUUUUGGCAACACAACAUCUUGUUUUGUUGCCGUCCUCUUCUGGAAGAUUCCACUUGAUAAUGUUUGUUUGUUUUUUGAAUGCAAAAAUUGGACGGCCUGAAGACCCUACUGAAAGAUCGAUUGUAACUCGGCGCGAACAAUUAGCAGUGAGAUUCAGGAAAAUGUCAAUGAACUUCCUGAUUGCCAGUUCAUCUAAUCAUCAUUAAGAACAAGUUACGUUGCUUUGUAAGUCAUACAAAGGAGAGGCAGAGGAAAAUUGAACCAACAAAUACAAUAAAACAGAAACGGCUCCAAACCAGUUAUAAGCGAGUGCAAGAUUCCUCAUCAUGUCGACCGAGUCAUCAGAAGACCAGAGUUUCGAGGAAACGUUGAAAAACUUUCAGAUGCUUACAUCUCUAUCGCUUGAUCCAAUGCGUUCCAAGGCAGCACCAUCAGCGUGUAACAAUCCGUUCCAAAUAGCGUCGGACGAGUUUGACAAAUUCAAGACUAACGAAGCUGUUGUGACGCAGAUAUUUGGAAAGCAUUGUGAGUGUGGGGCCGAUAGAUUGGCUACACCAAAUAGUAAGCAGGGCAGCACAAAUCUUGAACACAGCAUCAUCAAUCCGACAGCGUUCAAGCAUAAGGCCAAGGGUGAGAAGAAAGUAAUCGUACGAGAAUCAACGUUGAAAAAUAUCGGUAAAUGUGUACACCAAAACCUUGCGAAGAAUAACAACGCGAAAGAAACGAUCAAACAGAAACAGUCAACAGCAAGCACACUACUUCCCACUCAAGCUGGUUUGAGGCCAUCACUCUCGGAAAAUAAUCUCGCCAAAUGUUUCAUCAAUGAUGCCAACGAUGAUAUUUUGGACUUCAGGUUACUAGUUGCUCAGUGCAGCGAGAUGACUCUGUCUACAUCUUGCAGUAAGAUGGCAGAUAGUGUUCACUAUACUCAAAACAGUUUCAAAUCGCUUCGACAGCCCGAAUUCUCCGGUUCCCCAAGCGCCCGCCCUAACGCCAAACAUUUUCGCAGAAAUCGCAGGGCACAGCAACUCAAACGGUACAACAGCACUUCAUCGUUGGAAUCGGACAGUAGCAGCAACAGUAGUGGUGUUCCCUUCUGUGGUCUUCUUGGUAAUUGCCCCGGACCGUCGAAUACGUCACCGUCAGCUGCUAGCUCGCAACAACAACAACAACAGACACCACAAUCGAAUCAACAGCAGCACCAAUCUCCGAGUUCUUCAUCGCCUACAUCGUCAGCAUCCUGUUCAACUCAGGCACGACUGAACAGUUCGAUGCCCUGUGAUAUAACCAUCGAUGAAAUGGCAAGCUAUUUCGAAACAUUGGUCCACAUACCGAAAAAGAUGUCCAGCAUGGCGGAGAUGAUGUACAUUUAACUUGUGUGUAAUCAGAAGAAAUUCUCCAGUCCCUUCGCGACCAGAACGUAUGACACGUGCAGGCUUGAAAAAACUGAGUCAUAGAGGAAUAGUUUCUUGUAAGAGAGUAUAUCUGAAUAAAACUGAUGAGCUGGUUUCUAUCGUGUAAAAUUGCUGCAACCUAGACUCAUGAAUUGGAUUUUAAGGCUCAAACUUAGCGGUUAGUGUUCCGUCUAUAAUAAGAUUGGAAAUUGAACAAUAUUUCCUAAAUUGAUCGUAAUGUUCGUCUAAGCAUGUCUAAGCAUCUAUAAGCAUGUUUCGCCACUUUUAUUUCACAUUAUGAGAGCUUAUGAUUAUCACCAAAUGGAAAAAGAACUUUGAACGCUAUCUGCCAACUCGAAGAAGGCGUUGUCAUUGUUCGCUACAAACGUUGUGGAAAGCACCGAGUAUUUCUGAUUAUGGCUAAUAAGCCAUGCAUUGUGAAAAAGUGUCAUUUUUUUUGUGAAACCGAGACGUAAGUUGUUAUGCCAACAUAUUUUAUUCGCAGACCUUUUUGUAAUUGGCAUUUGCUGUGAAAUAUAAUUACAUAACCAUCAAUACAUGAAUAUAUAAGAA